AAAACCACUGAAAUAAGCCUCUCUAAUGAUAAUUGUGGUGAAUUGGUACAUGAUGAUAUGUUGAGCAAAGAUACUGAUGAUAUGUUGGUUAAAAAUAAUUCUGAUACUAAUAUAUUAUAUGAAGAUGAUAUAUUGAGCGAAGACGAUAUGGUGGGAGAAGGCGAUAUUUUGAGUGACGACGAUAUUCUGAGUGACGACGAAGAUGACAUGCUGAGUGGAAACAAUAUGUUGAGCGAAGACUAUAUAUUGAGUGAAAAUGAUUGGCUGAGCGAAAACGAUGUAUUGAGCGAAGAUAAUGUUUUGAGCAAUGAUGUAUUGAGCAAAGAUAAUGUUUUGAGCAAUGAUGUAUUGAAUGAGGACAAUUCUGAUAAAGAAAUUGUUGAUGAACCUUUGAAUAAUGAAAAUAUGCUGCAUAUUAAUAGAGAAUUCGCACUAUAUUUCAGCAAUAUUACAGAAGCGUUAAUAUUUUAUUGGGUUCAAAAGCAUAAUAUAUAUAGGUUUACAGCCACUCAAGCUUAUGAUGACUUAGCAAAUUCGUAUUUCUAG